CAUCCAGGUGACAUUCAUGGUCAAUACUCUGAUCUUUUGAGGCUUUUUGAGUAUGGUGGAUUGCCUCCAAAUGCCAACUACUUGUUUUUGGGGGAUUAUGUUGAUCGAGGCAAGCAAAGUCUGGAGACAAUAUGUCUUCUUCUUGCUUACAAUAUAAAAUACCCUGAAAAUUUUUUCCUCUUGAGGGGCAACCAUGAAUGUGCUUCCAUCAACCGCAUAUACGGUUUCUACGAUGAGUCUAAGAGAAGAUUUAAUGUUAGGCUUUGGAAGGCAUUCACAGAAUGUUUUAACUGCCUACCGGUGGCAGCAUUAAUUGAUGAGAAGAUUUUGUGCAUGCAUGGAGGCCUUUCUCCUGAUCUGAAUAAUUUGGAUCAGAUUCGAAGUUUACAUCGCCCGGCUGAUGUGCAGGACACAGGUUUGCUCUGUGAUCUUUUGUGGUCGGAUCCUUGUAAAGAUGUUCAAGGUUGGGGAAUGAAUGACAGGGGAGUUUCAUUUACUUUUGGUCCUGAUAAAGUGUCCGAGUUUCUACAGAAAUAUGACCUGGAUCUCAUUUGUCGUGCCCACCAGGUUGUGGAGGAUGGCUAUGAGUUCUUUGCCGAUCGACAACUUGUAACAAUAUUUUCAGCACCUAAUUAUUGCGGGGAGUUUGAUAAUGCCGGAGCCAUGAUGAGUGUGGACGAGACUUUGAUGUGCUUCAUUCAAAUAUUGAAGCCUGCAGAUAAGAAGCCAAAGUUUACCUUAGGAAGCACAACCACAGAAAAACCUGGAAACUCUCCAGCAGGAGUCAAGUCAUUCCUUGGUACAAAGGCAUGAAUCAGCAUUUUCAGAACAGAAGCCGGAGCCAAGUUACACGAUGAUCGAACUGGAAUUUGCAGUUAAGAAAAGAAAACUCGAGGUCAUUUUGAUUUCCAAUAUGAUAUGCU